UUGUUGAUGAUAGUCUACAACAAAGCUGAGUAUCAGGGAUCAAGUUGUGGAUGUAUUAAUGUAUUAAAAAAUAAAUGUAUAAAAAAUUCGGACUGUCCGUAUUUUAAAUUCUGGUUUAAAAUUCGAAUGAGUGGAAAUUUCGGGAGCUAUGGCUGGGGGGUAAAAAUUAAAAAAAGAAAUAGUGAUAUUCUAUGAUAUAGUAACAGUGUGACUGUAACCAAGUCGUAGACAUAUAUGACUAAAGACUUUGAUAUUUAAUAAUAUAGUAGAGAAAGUCGAUUAUAUUGACUAUGUUCAUUUUAUCGAACCGAAAGAAUGAAAGGCGAAGUCCGUCCCAGUGGAAUCUGAACCCAGAACGUAAAGAGGGACGAAAUGCCGGCAACUGUUAUUGUUCGGUGUGCUAGCGAUUCUGCCAUCAUGCUUAUCUUUAAAAUAAUAAUGAAGUGAAAGUGAAUAUAACUUUAUUUUAAAGAUUACAAUAAUUCCAUCAAGCUAUUAUAACUUUAUCCCAGAGAUGACACCAAUGUCAUCAUAAGCUUCGAACAAUUACAACUGGUCACACGUUAGAAUGCUAGCUGAAGUGUUUUGAAUGGAAAGUGUUUUAUUUAUUUUUUUCUUUAGAUACCAAUUCAUGACUAGUUUAUUUAGAUUCUAGUUUUCUUAUGGGUUUCUUUGAGGUUUAUUUCUCUCCUUUAUUUUCAGUCCGAUAAAAUGUGGCUUUACACCGUUUCAGACUGGUAUUGCUGUCUCCUCUAGUCUUGUCCUUCGUCAGCUCUAUUUAAAUGAUGUUAUCUUUCAACCGUUUGUUGUCAACAAAUUAUACCUUCAUCACUUGUCUUCGACGAAAAUCCCAACCACAUUUAAGCUCCCAUUAUAGAAAAUUACCACCCUACAGACGAUGUGUGUCUUCAGUUAAACCUAACGAAAGCUCAUCACCUCGCAAAAGUAACUUAGAAACUUUCAGAGAAAAACUCGUGCAUGGACCCAACAUUGAUGACUUCUUAUGCAAUAAUUCAAGUGAAACAAUUAUUAAACAGAAUAAUAUCUCUGCAGAAAUAACCGAUGAAAUACCUUAUUUACAUAAAUCUCUAUUUAAGGGCCAACGACGUAAAGUUUAUCUUGAAACCUAUGGUUGUCAGAUGAAUGUUAAUGAUACAGAAAUUGUCUGGUCAAUAUUGAAGAAGGAGGAUUUUGAAAGAAGUCUUGAUAUCAAAGAUUGUGAUGUAGCAUUCCUGAUGACCUGUUCUAUUCGAGAGGGAGCUGAAACUAAGAUAUGGAAACGUCUAGAAUACUUGAACUUCUUAAAGAAGAAAAGAAAAAAAAAUUCUAUGAAAAUUGGAAUUUUAGGAUGUAUGGCAGAGCGGCUGAAAACCAAGAUCCUGGAACAAAGCAAGGCAGUUGAUAUUGUUUGUGGUCCUGAUGCAUAUCGAGAUCUCCCUCACCUUUUGGCUGUUUCCCAUGAAGGGCAGACUGCAGUGAAUGUUCUAUUGUCUUUGGAAGAAACUUAUGCUGAUAUCAUGCCAGUUCAUAUUAAUAACACCAGUAAAUCUGCUUUUGUGUCAAUCAUGCGUGGUUGUGAUAAUAUGUGUUCCUAUUGCAUUGUGCCCUUUACACGGGGACGAGAACGGAGUAGGCCAGUGGAUUCUAUCCUGGAAGAAAUUCGCAUCUUAUCAGAUCAGGGCAUCAAGGAAGUCACACUUUUGGGUCAGAAUGUGAAUAGUUACCGUGACCUUUCCACAUGGCAAAGUGAUGUUGCCCUCAACCCCACACAGAUGGCACCAGGCUUUAAAACAGUAUAUAAAACUAAAAAAGGAGGACUGCGUUUUGCUGACUUAUUGGACAAAGUUGCUUCCAUAAAUCCAGAAAUGCGAAUCCGUUUUACAUCACCUCAUCCAAAGGAUUUCCCAGAUUCAGUGUUGCAGUUAAUCAAAGAAAAGCCCAAUAUUUGCAAACAGAUUCACCUCCCUGCACAAAGUGGUAACAACUUUAUCUUGGAACAGAUGCGACGUGGAUAUACAAGAGAAGCUUAUCUUGAUCUUGUUCAUCAUAUUCGUCAUGUGAUUCCAGGUAAAAAAAAAAAAGAAAGGCAACCUCAGAGAUAUGUCAUUAUUCUUAAUUUUGUUUUAUUGAUUUUUUUUUUUUGAUGCUUUGACAUAGAAAAAUAUAUAAUUUCAACAACUGCACAGUAAAAAGAAACAUUGCAGCCAUUAAUUAUCUAUUCACAACCUAUGGUUACACUAUCCAUGUGUUUAAACUAAGGUUGAAAAUAAUUAAGGUAAGUAAAAUGAUGAAGUAAAAUAGCUUCUUGAGUGCUGUUCUGAACAUAACUUGAAAUGGUUUUCUAUGAAAAUUGGAAUGGAAGGUUCAAGUGUGUUGGUAGCAAACAGUUCAAAAGCCAUAAAUAAUUAGUUAAAAUUAUCUGUAAUUAGAUGUCUAGAACUAUUGCUCAGCGCAUUGACACUUGCUUCCUUGGACUGUGGCCCAGUAGAAGUGGCUGUUACGUUGCAUAUUCGUUUCUUAUAUGGCAAAACAUUUGUUUCUGAUGCCUCAAUAAUUCUACAAGAUCAACACCCUCAGAAUAAUACUUCUUUUUAAUUUUUGGCACAAGGCCAGCAGUUUUGAAGAGAGUAGGCAGAUGGAUUACAUUGCUCCCAGUCCUUGACUGGUACUUUAUUGUAUUGACCCCAGAAGGUUGGCUUUGGUGGUAUUUGAACUGAGAAUGUGAAGAACUGGAAGAAAUUCUGCUAAGCAUGUUUCCAUCACACUAAAAAUUCUGCCAUCUCACUGCAAUAGUAGUAGAGAACUAGAACUACACAGCCUCUCCACCAGCUUGCAACCAAUUCUGAGAGAAGAAUUGUUCUUAUUACUUCGGCGAUACUUUGCUAACCCUGGAAGGAAGAACUGAUCAGUGAACAUUACUACGAUUUGAACUCUGGCUGCAAAGGACCAGAAUAAAAACGCUGGAUAUUAUUAUCUCUGAUACUUUAA